CUUUUCCGCUCUUCAAGUCCGCGUUGCUGGCAUUGCUAUUGGGACGACAUUUUACUUCUCUCACAAGUUUCUUCAACAUUUCAUUCACACCACAAUGUCUGGUGUAGAGAAUCAGGUCGCUGUCCAUGACGUUGUCUUUCCAGAGGAUGGUGCUAUUGACAACUUAUCUGACGCUAUGGCCAAAGUUUCUCUCCGACCAGACAAGAAUUCAUCUUCCCAAUCACCAGAAUCCGUUGCUGACAGUCUUAAUAAAGACAAAAAUGAUAUCCAUGGUCGACCCUUUGUUAUGUAUUCCCGACUUCAUCUACUGCUCCUUCAUAAAUCUCCCUUGGUCUGUACUCCGACUGGCAUGCCAGCUUUGAAGGAUUGGUUUGGAACCGAAAGCGACCAAGGCAAUCUUAAAAAGGAUUCAGAAGCACUUCCUCAGCCCAAUGCUCGUGACCGACGCUUUCGUAGAGAUGCGGAGGACGGGGAAGGCGCCGCCCGGCCUUCUUUUCGUGGAGCUGCCAUCACGCAACCUUCGCAAAUGGGCAACUUCAAGCACCAGUCCAUUCGUGCAACUGACCGAGACAGAGACAGAGAAACGGACAGGGAACAAGAACGUGAUUCCCGGGUUAAAGACGGCCAAGAAAGACUACGGAAUUUGUCGGACAAGUAUGACCGUGACCGUCGUGCUCUUUCUUCCAUGCAGCAGCUUCGAGGAAAGGACAGGGACUUAGCCCCUCACCUUGGUGGUACAUCCUCUCGCAUAGCGUCCCAGUCGCAGCAAGCUCCGAGUAAUCGUCAGUUGGAUUCCCGAGAACCUUCCAAAAAGAAAGAUGGUGAGACCAGCGAAGAUUGGAGACGUGAAUCAACUCGUACAGGCCGUGAACGUUCUGAUAAUCCUCGGCGCGAUCGAGAUGAGCGUGACCGACCUCGCUCAAGGGUCCGUGACUCUUCCCGCCAACGACGAGAUGUUUCACCAUCGAGACGAGAUCGGGACGACAGGGAUCGUGAUCGCAGAGGCGACCGCGAUGACCAUCAAAAAGAAACAACAGGAUACCGAAAGGACAGGGAAGACCGUGACUUGGAUCGAGAAUCUGAGGUGGACGAUCCUCGCCGCUGGAGGGACGACGGAAAGCGUGAUGAGCGUAUAGCAGCGAGACGGGACCGCGAACGAGACAAGGACCGGGUACGCGACCGCACUGCCGCGUGGGAUGCUAGCGAUCGUCAGGAUCGUCGAUGGGCUCCCGCCGAUGACCGUGAUGGUCGAAACAAGCGAGUGGCUGGCCGCGAGAGAAAACCUGACGAGGCGAAGGACAGGGACGAUCGCAAGGAUCGUGACAGAGAACGUGAGAAAGAGAGAGAGAAGGAGCCUGCAUGGAUGGACACAUACAUCCCUUCUUCUGGCAGCAACGGUUUAGGUCGUGCCCCCGGAGACCUGGAUGACAUACAGGCGUUCAAGCGAGAGAUCAAGGAGAGAGAGCAGAAGGAGCAAGGUACUACUGCGCAAGACGAUGAUCGUUCUGGUGACUUUGAAGGAAAGACGAAUACGUCCGAACCACACCUGGACGAAAUUCAACUCUUCAAGCUGAUGAUGAAAAGGGAAGAACAAAAGAAGAAAGCUGACCAGUCUCCCCUUGCGGGUCCAUCGUUACUCGCAGACGCAUCUUCAGAUACCAAGGACUCAACUCCUACGAACGCUUCUCCACCUCUACCACAGGCUGAGCCAGCUCCCCACGAUGGUUCUCGUGUACCCCUGUCUAUGUUAUCGUCCCCAUUGUCCUCCGUUGCACCUGGAGUAUCAGCAGGAGGUUCUCGCUUCUUCCCCAAGCCUAUUCCUACUGAUUUACCGGCACCUCAAGCUUUGCCAAAGCCUUCUAUCGAAGCGCUCAGCGCCCCUGUCCCAUCAGCUCCUCACACUGCUGCUCCGCCAGGUUGUCGUCUUCUUUCUUUUACCUCCAAAACUCCUCAGGGGUCUGUAGGUCACACCCCUCCUUCGUACACAGGUUCACAUUCCCCCGUGUCUCUGUCUAAGAAUGGCACACCAGCAAGCAACUCAACCAUCCUCUCAAAUGGACCGUUGUCAACUACACAUCAUAACGACAAUAUGGACGCUGUGAGAGCAACUCGAGGCUUCUCGCCGUUUGAGGAAGCUCGGGAAGGACUUGGGUUGUCGCCUUUGGAUGCGUUGACUGUACCCAUGAGCGGGCCUUUGCCUAGCCACUCUGUUCCGUACGAGCAAUUGAACUCUGGAAUCGCAGCUGCGAAAGGCAGCCGGUUUGCGAAGUUCUUUGACGGGAAAGGGAGAGAUUCUCAACCAGGAAUGGGAAAGGUUCCAAUGGGUGGCCCAACACCAGCACAGAGAGGCGAACUCAGUGGAUACAAUGGAAUACCAACCGGCAAUCCGGAUGCUAGAGCUAUGGAAGAUAUAUUUGCCAUGUUGAGCAACUCAGCACACGGUCAGAGGCCUCAUAUACUACCAGAAGCGUUGGCUUCAGAUGCUGCACAUUUCAAUCAUCCCUCCAACCUUCACCAUCUUCAAAACCAACUCGGCCACUCCCAGCACUAUCCUGGCCACACCCGUCUGGACUCAUUGUAUGAUAGCCGUCUUGACGACAGGAAUUUUGUCCCUGAUGGCAUGGUGCCCGGCUUACGUUCCGCUGCCCCUCCUCGGAGUAGGCAAAACGGCGCCAUGCUCUCUGACAUCGAUGACUCUAUGCAGUUUGGUGGUCAACGCGGUCCUCCUCAAAUGUACCAAGGAUUACACCAGGCGAACAUGAACCGCAAUGGAGGCAUACCUCUCCAAUCAUCCCAAUUCCGUGGUGGCCCUUCACCGAAUCCCUUGCAGCCUUCAUCUCAGCGCUUGCCGCCUGGUUUGGCUAAUUUAGGUGGGCGACCGCCUCAUGAGCCUGCUCAAUUCUUGAACUCGUCGAUGGCUAUCCCUGUAAUGCCGCCCUCCAACAGCAGUUUCAACAACUUCCCUCCGGGAGGCGUUGGCUUCAACGGCGCUCCCCAAAUGCGUGUGCCUCACCCCGGAGGAACUCAUCAGCUGCACGGACACAAUGCCAUGCAAGGCCUGAUGCACCCUGGAGGUCUUAACCCUGCGCAAGCCCAGCUUCUGGGGUUAAAUGGUGCUAACGGUAUGCCAAGUGGUCUCCGUGGUCCUAACGGAGGUUUUGGACAACAGGGCAGCAAGCAGCAACAGCAGCAGCAGCAGCAAAUCCCUCCACACAUGCUUCCUCUUCAUUAUCAACAGCAGGGCCCACCUGGCUCAACCAACCAACCUGCCCACGAUCUCAUGGCGCUCUUGAUGAGCGGAGGAAGAAGGGAGUGAGAGUUUUCACGAGCUACUUACGGUCUCUUAUCCUCUCCCAAUAUUUUCGUUCACUCUCGGACUCACCUGAUAAUUUUCUCUCGUUAGUUUAACAGUUGUGCUCAUACUGUCCGUCUAUCAUGUUUCAUUCUGAUUCUCUGCAAGCGUAUAUUAUUGACCAUUUUGGGCUUGGCUGCAUUGAAGACUUCUCCGAUGGAUGGCUGUUCAAUCCGCGUCUGGGACCUGGUGAAUCAUUGAAGAGUUAGCCACGUCAACCGCUCAACGGACAAUAUAUUAAUAGCGGCUCAUAAUAUUGAGUUCUACUACCUGGCCUGGAUGUGGUCUGAU